GAGGCCAAUCAGGGCAUGAGAAAAUUCUUGCAGGGUCUUCCAACCAAUAGGAGAAGAACACCUCGUGCAAGGCUGCAUAAACCGCACAGUUCCUGCAGCACAAUAAUAACUUUAAAAAUGGUAUUCUCUUCAUGAGACUCAGUUAGGGCUGCACGGUGGUGCACUCUCAACAAAAAGGCCUUACUUUGGAUCUUUCUGUGUGGGAUUUCACUCACAGCCAGCCCUGUCUGACUUCUUCGCUGCUCCAAGCUUCCAGGAUGAGUUUAAGCGGGAAGGUGGCGGUGGUGACGGGAGCGGCGAAGGGGAUCGGAAAAGCGACCGCCGAGAUAUUUCUUCAAAAUGGUGCAAAGGUAAUCCUGCUGGAUGUGGAUGAACUCGCAGGGAAGAGUUUGAAGAACGACCUUGACCAGCAGUUUGGAGAGGACAGAUCUUUGUUUAUGAAGUGCAGCGUUGAGUCAAACGAGGACAUAAAAGCUGCGCUCCAGAGCACCAUAGACACCUUUGGAUCCAUCAACAUUUUGUGCAACAAUGCUGGAAUCCUCAAAGAAGACGACUGGGAGAAAACCGUCUCCAUAAACCUUGGCGGUGUCAUCCGGAUGACCUAUGCAGCUCUGGAACACAUGAACAAGCUAAGCGGAGGUCAGGGAGGGGUCGUGGUCAACACAUCAUCUCUUGCAGGUAUUGAGCCCCUCUCCAGCUGUCCUGCUUAUUCAGCUACCAAGCAUGGAGUGGUCGCCUUUACACGAGCAAUGGCAGCCGCCUCCAGCAGUUCCGAAUAUGGAAUCCGGUUCAACGUCAUCUGCCCUGUUCGGGUCCAAACAGACUUCUUCUCCUCAGUUUCUCAAAACUUUGGACGCUUCUCCCACCUGCUUGGUGGCCUGCAGAAAUCUGCAGAGCGAGCGUUGGAUCCAUCUGAGGUGGCCGAGUGCAUCCUUGAUCUGGUGACGGAUGAGAUGAAGAACGGAGAAACCGUCUUGCUGGGCCAAAGCGGGAGAAAAUGCGUGACUUUUCCUCAAAAUCUCUAGUAGUCUUUGGUACCACAACAUCAUGGAAGUAGCCAGUUUAAUUCUGUUUCUUUAAUCUGUCAAGACUCAGUUUCAAAUAAGCUGUAGUAUUCAAACUGACUUCAUACAGUCUGCCCAAGAAAUGCUACGUGUGAUAUGUGUAAUACCUGAUCUAAGUGCAUGUACUCACAGCUUAGUACGAAAUGUUGAAGCGGUGCAAAUAUUGCCAAUCUCACUCCAGAAGUUUUCUUUCACAGUUCUUUUCCAAUGUACAAAAUACUUGGUGUCUAAUCAUUCCGACUGGACACAAACCCCAAUUAUUAAUUUCUUCUUCAUGAUCCAUUUUCAACCAAUGGCACUUGGGUUUCAAAUUUAUUUCUGUGUCGUAGGAAAAAAAAAUGAUUUCACGAUAUAUCGCUAUACUUAAUUUGGCAAUACUUGUAUCGAUUUAAAAUGCUGACAUGCCGAUAUUUAAUUGAUUGAUUUGCUUGAGUAAAAGCAACUUGUAUAUGAGAUACAGUUAGUGUUGUGAUUAUUAGAUAAAAUGAAUUUGACCAUUUUAUUACAAUGAAUUAAUAUUCAGGUAGAGUUUUUUCUAAGUCAUAUUCUUUAAAAAAAAUAAUGAAAAAUUGUGGUUGUACAGUCUAGGGAUACAUACUGUAUCGUGACCCAGAUUUCGCGAUAUGUAUUGUAUCGUUAGGCUCUUGCCCCUAGUUUCUUCUUCAGAUGAAUUCUCAGAAAACUUUCCCUCUUUUCUUCUUGUAACUUCUGUCUUGUCUUAACAAAAUAAAGCUUUGACUGCAUCCAGAAAAUCAAGGGUGUCUGGCUCUUUGACAGUAGCGUAGAGGUGAGUAUCAUCUGCGUAGUGGUGACUUUGAGCAUGGUUAGUUAGCUUGAUCAGAACCAAUUCAAACCCUAAAGCACUUUGUAUAAAUGGAGUCUCAGAUGGACACAUCUGUGGACUAUUCCUGAUGAUCUUGUGCACUUUUCCAGCUUGAAGAGAAGGAUUUUAUGGUAACUUUCUUUGCAUUUUUACCAGAAACUUUGAACAAUUUAACUUAAGAUGUUCCAAUGAAUCAAAUAUUUUUAAAACACUGAAUUGUCAUCUUGAAGAAAAACUGAAAACAUGUCACUAGAAUUGUUGAUACUAGCAUGGAAACUAAACCAAAUCCACAAAUGUGAAGCAAGAAUCUGGAUCAAGUUUCAUUUUUUUAGUGAUGUGGAGCGAGACAAGUUUCUACGCCUCAAAAACCCUCCAGCCAUAAAAAUCUUUUAUUAAAUUGUGUUUAUUUGCCUUUCGUGUUGUUUUGCAGUUUUCCACUAAGUGUUUAGAUCAUUACAAGACUGAGAAAAACAAAUAAAUGACACAUAAAUCAACACCUGGGAGUAAAGAUUUAGAGUAAGACAAAAAUGAUAGAUUUUUUUAAAUGUAGAGCUACAGUAGAAAGACCUUGGAUAUGAUGGAACAGCAGCAUUAGACGUAUUUCUCCAGCAUGACGCACUACUUAGAGAGUGAUGGAAACUGCAUGUACGCCUUUCCUUGGGUGAGAAUCAUGAGCGCCUCCCCAUUCUUGGUCUCGUCCGUCACCAGCUCCAGGAGACUCUCGGCCACCUCAGACACACUGUGAAGUUGAGGUCACAAUAGGGUCAAACGCUGGCUAGGGAAGUUUGAGAGGCACCAAAAAAGAAAACUCAUACCUCAAAAUUCCCAGUUUUUCUGUUAACUUCACGGCCAUUCCAGUCAGGUGAGUGAACUGCCCCAGUUUACCAGAGAUGUUGGUUAUCAUUUCAGUUUGGACAAAAGUUGGACAAAGAGCGUUGAAGCGAAUGCCGUACCCCGACACCUCAGAGGCAACCUGGUGGAAGACGAUCAAACACUCGCAUCAUUUUAAGGAAUCCAGCUGAAGCCAAAAAAA